AUGCUCACCUCACGCCUUACCCGACGUACGGGACUUUCCCAAUUAAAACAACUCUCUCGAAAUGCCCCCCGACGCACGAUGAUCCCGGCGCCAGGCCCAAACACCGGCCCAUUAAUGGAGCGACGAGCAGAUCGGGAGCUACCUAACAUCAACACGAACCGACGAUGGAUGCGCACAUUUCCUCUGUUCGCUGUGGCUGUCGGAGCUGCCAUGUUCGGUAUUUUCAACUACCAGAAGUCGUCAUCGAGUGUUGUUAGUAGCACAUUGUACGCCCUACGCACAUCUUCUCAGGCGCGGGAGAUCCUCGGAGAUGAGAUCUAUUUUGCGCAGCAGAUUCCAUGGAUUAGUGGAGAGAUGAAUCAGUUGCAUGGACGAAUUGAUAUUUCGUUUUGGGUUAAGGGGACUAAGACUACUGGAAAGAUGAGGUUUAAGAGUGUCCGACCUGAUCGGAUGAGUUAUUUCCGCACCGAGGAAUGGAGUCUCGAAACCGAAGAUGGAACCGUGGUGCAAUUGCUGGAUAAGGAUACCGACCCCUUCCAGCAACAGUGA